CUGCAGCGUCGCCGUUCAACCUCGUCCCGCCACGUCUCCAUGGUCGCCGUUGCUGCGAGAUCGCCACCGUCGAGAAGCUGUCGUCGCGUCUUGUCCUGCCAUCACCACCGUUGCCCUGGAGCUCGCCCGCCGUCGUCGUUGAGGGGCCAGCAGAGAGAGAGAACGAACGCGGGUCAGGUUCGCCACCAAGGAGAGGAGCUAUGCUCCACGCCGCCGUCGCCACCAGUCCACAACCACCACUACGAGGGUUCCGUCACCGUCAUUCCAGUGUCCCCGUUCGUGCCCUUCGUAGCCGUCGCCGUCGCCGAGCCGUUGCAUCGCCGGACAUCAUCGCUGGAGGACCGAAUGGAGAAGCUAGCCAGUUCUGCUUCUGCCUCUGGUUUCUGGAAUCUGAGAAGACGCAAUCGCCGCUGCUGGAACUGUUAUUGUUGGCGUGGCCCUGUUCUGGCUCUACUCUAAAUUGUUACUGCUGCUGUUUGGCUGAUGCUGAAGCUUUCCACCACCACUGGAGCUGCCCGAAAACCCUGUUGUUGCUGCUCCGAUUAUUUAUUAGUGAAGAAAGAAUCGGAAAUAAUGCUGCUGCCGUUCAUCGGAGAUGCCAAACUGUUGCUGCUACUACUCUGAGAUGAUAUGGCUACUAUUAAGGUUGUUGUUCAUGAGUGCAGCAUUCCCAAUUUCUAUGGAUUUCGACACUUUGAGCGACAGGUUUGAAGACGCAAUUUGAAGCUGCGAGCGAUCAGUAGGUUUUCCUUAUGGUCUUAAUUGCUUUCAUAGAGUCCCCUCGCUAUUGACCUUUGAGAUUUUAUUUUACAUAGAGGGGUAGGUUUAGUAUAUUGUAUUUGAGUUUCAUUUGGUC